CCUCCAUUCUUUCUUGAACCUGAAAAUACAGCUUUUUUUUUCGAUACACCUAAACUAAUUAAGCUAAUGGCUUCUCAGGAAAUUGAAAGUCACAGGGAGGGCGCCGAGGUCUUCAAGGGAGAUGAAAUCUGUAGGAAGAAGUCCAUUGAAUUGCUCGAAGAGCUCUGCCUCCCAAAGGGUUUGUUUCCCAUGGAGGACAUUGAGGAAUUCGGCUAUAACCGUGCUUCUGGCUUCAUCUGGCUGAUUCAGAAGAAGAAGAAGGAUCAUGUCUUCAAACAGAUCAAGAGAGCCGUGUCUUAUGCUUCGGAGGUGACCGCCUUUGUUGAGAAGUAUAAGUUGAAGAAGAUGACCGGUGUUAAAACGAAGGAGCUCUUGCUAUGGCUCACUGUUGUGGAAGUUUAUUUUGAAACUCCCACAUCUGAGAAGCUCACCUUCAAAACUGGAACGGGACUUUCCGAUAGCUUUAUUGCUUCCGCUUUUGAGCUGUAGAGGCAUCGAUAUGAGAGAAGACGAUCAUUACUGCAUUACAUUAUGUUAUGAAUAGUCAUAUUACAGUCUUUAUCGUUUUUCAUUGUAGUUUUGCAUGUAGUUAUUU